AUGGCUCAAAUAAUUGGUGAUUUAAAGGAUGCUUAUUGUGUAGCAAUUCUGAUAGAUGAAAGCACAGACAUUUCAGUGACAGGAAAGCUCAUUGUUUAUGUCAAAUUUGUUGACAAAGACUUUAAUGUGAGAUCACACUUUCUGGGAAAUUUUGACUUAGGUGAAAAGGGAGCAGAUGCUAUAACCCAGAAACUCCUUGCAAUUUUCAAUGAUAUUGGUGUUGAUGUGAAACAGAUUUUGUGUUUUGCAUCUGAUGGUGCCGGUGUUAUGACUGGAUCUAUAAAUGGUGUAGCAGCACAGCUUAGAAGAUCAUCCCCAUUUCUUAUCAACAUCCAUUGCGCUGCACAUAGACUUGCAUUAUGUACAAGCCUGUCUGCUGCCAAGAUUGACGUUAUGCAACAGUACAAAUCUACUCUCACAAGCCUGUACUAUUAUUUCAAGGGGUCAUCGGUUAGAAGCAGCAGACUAGCUAGGCUACAGGAACUGUUCAAUCAGCCUCAUAUCAAAGUAAGAGAAAUGCAUGAUAUAAGAUGGUUCAGCUUCUACAAGGUGUUGGAAGCUAUCUACAAAUCCUGGAACAGCCUGGUUGUAUAUUUUCAAUCAACUGAACUAUCAAGGGAUCCAAAAGCUACAGGUCUUUUGAAGUCAAUCACUAACUUCAAGUUUGCUGCGCUGACCUGGAGUCUUAUGGAUGUAAUACCAGUGAUAACUGAGCUUAAUUUGGUGAUGCAAAAAGACAGUUUGGAUGUUGCAUCACUGAAGCCAGUGGUUGCCAGUACAAUUGAUAAACUUCAGUACCUGAAAGAAAAUGAUGGACAUUACAGACAAGAGUUCCAGUCUCUGUUGACAGAUGAUAAUCACCUCUAUGGGCACGAACUGAAAUACAAGAAACAGCAGGAGGCAGUUGUGAAGUCAACCAUGACAACCUUUAUUAAGACACUGAUCGGAAAUCUUAACACAAGAUUCCCCCCUGAAAGUGUUACAGUGAUUUCAUCUUUUGAUGUGUUGGCAUUCAGGGACUUGUCAUUUGUUGCUGAAACAAAUCUUCAAAGUCAUGGUAAGGAGAAACUAGAUGUGUUGAUCUCUCAAUAUGGCAGCCCUAAGGGUGAUGUGCCCGCCCUCAUCGAUGCAGGGUCAGCUAAACAAGAAUUUGACCUGUUAAAACGCCUCCUGAUUCAGCAGAAGUAUCCAAGAGACAAAUUCCAUGAAUUAUGGAGAAUCAUUGAUGGCUGUCACAAGGACCUUUCCCCAAACCUUCUGAAGCUUGCCUGUAUUGGAUUAACUUUGCCAGUCCAGACAGCAAUUUGUGAACGUGGUUUCUCAAGUCAAAAUAUUAUAAAAACAUCACAUAGAAACAGACUGAGUGAGAAGGCACUCAAAGAGUUGAUGAUAAUAAGUAUUGAGGGCCCACCUGUUUCAACCUUUGAUGCCAGCAAGGCCCUUGAGGAAUUCAAAACCAAAAAGCAAAGGAGGAUCUUUCAAAGAUUUUCUUUCAAUAUGUAA